AAAAAUCACUUGUGCGCUGCUUCUGUCAGAAACCUGCACGUGCUGCGGUGAGUCUCGGUGGGUAAAACAGCACAUCUUGCCAAAUCGUGAAUCCCGUUGCCUGUGUUGCGCCAUCGCCCGUUCCUCACUAUAAUCAGCAUGGAGCGAAAGCCGCAGAAUUCCCAUCCGGAUGCCCGCACGCCGGAGCAGAAGGCCAGUUUGGCGGCCGGUGUCCCCCUGCCACCCAUCUGGGCGCCCCCCAAUCUGCCCAGUCCCUGCAGCUGGAAGCCCGGCUGUCCUAAGGACAAGAGUCCGCAUCACGCCAAACCGCUAGCCCCGAAGCCCAAAGUGAUGGAGACGAUUCUGGACAAUAUCGGCAACACGCCGAUGGUGCGCAUCAACCGUAUCGGGAAGAGCCACGGACUGAAAUGCGAACUCCUGGCGAAAUGCGAAUUCUUCAAUGCCGGCGGCAGUGUGAAGGAUCGUAUUGCCCUGCGCAUGGUGGAGGAGGCCGAACGGGAUGGAUUUCUCAAGCCCGGAUCGACCAUUAUCGAGCCCACUUCCGGCAACACCGGCAUCGGUCUGGCGUUGGCCGCUGCCGUCAGAGGCUACCGCUGCAUCAUCGUCAUGCCGGAGAAGAUGAGCCGCGAGAAGGUGGACGUCCUGUCCGCUCUGGGCGCCGAGAUCGUCCGCACCCCCACCGCGGCGGCCUGGGACUCGCCGGAGUCGCAUAUCGGGGUGGCGCGCCGCCUGAACGAGGAGAUCCCAAAUUCUGUCAUUCUGGACCAGUACCGCAACAUCUACAACCCCAUGGCGCAUUACGACGGGACGGCAGAGGAGAUCCUGCAGCAGUGCGACGGGAAGAUCGACAUGAUCGUCCUCACCGCCGGCACGGGGGGUACGGUCACCGGGAUUGGGCGGGCGCUGAAAGACCGACUGGGCGAUAAAGUGACGGUGGUGGGCGUGGACCCGGUGGGGUCCAUCCUGGCGCUGCCGGGCGAGCUGAACAAGAUGGAGGAGGGCGCCACGUCCUUCUACGAGGUGGAGGGCAUCGGCUACGACUUCAUCCCCACCGUGCUGGACCAGAGCGUCGUCGAUAGGUGGUACAAAUCCAAGGACAAGGAGUCGCUCAUUAUGGCGCGCCGGCUUAUCUCACAGGAAGGCCUGUUGUGCGGUGGAAGCAGCGGGGCGGUGAUGUGGGCCGCGUGUAAGGCCGCGAAGGAUCUAAAGGAAGGCCAGCGAUGUGUCGUGCUGCUGCCCGAUGGAGUGCGCAAUUACAUGACCAAAUUCUUGAGCGACCAGUGGAUGUUAGCGCGGGAUUUCCAGGACGAGACUCUGUCGCUUGCUCAAAAAACAUGGUGGUCGGGCCUGAACGUGGGCUCGCUGGCGCUGGCCCCGCCCCUCACCGUGGCCCCCGACGUGACGGUGGAGAACGCGGUGGACAUUAUGCGCGGCAAGGGCUUCGACCAGCUGCCGGUGGUGGACAGCACGGGGGCCAUUAUGGGCGUGGUCACGCAGGGCAACCUCAUGUCGCGCCAGCUCAGCGGCCAGAUCCACAAAACCGAUCCCGUCAUUAAGGCGCUCUACCGCCAAUUCCAAAUGGUGACGACGGACACCACGCUGGCCCAGCUGAGCAGUAUUCUCACGUCCGACCAUUUCGCCCUCGUGGGCCAAAAACUUCACCACGUAGAAAGCGGGGCGCAGAUCAAGGAGCGCACCAACAUUGUCGGCAUCGUCACCGGCAUCGAUCUGCUGCACUUUGUCACCUCCCACGAAGGCAAAACCGACCGGCCCCACUGAGCCAACCAUCCCGUUUAAACGGCAUGCUUAACAGUUGUGCGUUGUUUAUUUGCUAAUUUUACAACACUUCACCAUGCUAAUUUUUGGCAAAUUGCGGAGGCCGAAAAAUCAAACCAUGUUGCUGACGGAUACGUAUUACAUGAACAGUUAUUAGCCGCUGUCGAGAAAUCUUUGAUUGAAUAUUCGAAUACUGAAUAAAAAGCAAUCU